CAGGUAACCACAGAGCGAAUGCUCGCCCGCCCUGCAAUACAAAAAGGAGUGGGGUUUCCCAUCUCACUGCCCAUUGCCUUUAGUUGGUAUUCACGCGCCAUCAGGAUUCCUCAGGAGACAAACCUACUUCCUGACCCAACACACGAACAGAUACACUCACCAUGAAGAACUUACUAGCUAUUCUAUUAAUUACUCUUUUUGGCAUUUCUUCUUACACAGCUACCAACGCCAAUGCCGUGGCAGUAUCCCGAAGCGGGGAGUUGUCUUCCCCUGUGUUGUCCGCCCGCAACCUUCUGGGUCGCGGGUUGUUAGAGAAACGACGCGGUGGUGGGGCUGGCAGCGGCGGAGGUGGAGGUGGAGGUGGUGGAGGUGGUGGUGGAGGUGGUGGUGGAGGUGGAGCAGGAGGUGGUGGUCGUGGCGGGGGGUCUUCUUCAUCUUCCUCUGGAUCUAGUUCCUCUUCCUCUUACUCUAGUACCUCCUCCCGAUCCAGCGCCGGCGGCACCUCCAAAGACGGUUCCGGCCGCUCUCCAUCCUACGGCAGCAACACACGUGUCUACGGCGGCGGCGCAGCAGUCCCAUACACCUCCGGCCGCCGUACGCCCCGUGGAAUCACCCCUUUCCUCCUUCCCAUCACCCUCCUGUCGUUCUUCCCGGGCCUCUGGCUUUUCGCGGUUUUCGCCUACCCAUGGCCGAGCCGAGUCAAUUAUUACAACGUAACAAGCAAAAUGAAUGAGACUAUUCCCGUGCUCUGCCUGUGCCAGGAAUACUCGGUGUGUGGGUGCGAGGAAAACACGGAAGCGGCGUAUAUCAAACAGGUCAUUGGCGAGGCGAGCCCUAACAGCAAUACAUCGAGGAUCGCGAAUGUUAACGGCACCGAGACCUUAGUGAUUAAUGGCACAUUGCCAAAUGGGACCACUGCUACUGGGGCAGUUGGAGCUGCUUCUGGGAUGGGAAUGGGGAGGUUAGCGGGGGAAACGUUGGGGGUAUGGGUUGUUGCGGCAAUAGUUUCUUGGGGGGUUCUCUUCUCCUGAGUAUUAUCUUGCGUGCCAUAUCUUUUUUUUUCUUCGGGGGCCGUUUGUUCGCUUGCUUGCGCUUUGAUUCUGACGAUUUAAUCACUCUCCCCUUAUCCCUACCGAUAACGCCUGCACCAGUUAGCGAGCUUUUUACUUUUACUCCCACCACGUUUUCAUGUAUUUACUUCUUUCCCCAUCUUCUCCUUCAGCAUGUAGCCACGCAAGUAGACCCUAUUCGACAAAAUUUCCUUCAUCUUUAGA